AUGAAAAGCUACAUAAACGAUAGGUUAUUGCAAAAAGGUGCUAAGCAGCGCGCUCGUGGUUUAUACCGGAUAAGAGAGCUACUUUCAAAUGAAACUGAAGACGAACAUUUGCUGCGAUUGGAUGCUGCUCAUAACCGUUCAACACUUAAGGGUAUUGCUUUAUCUGAUCUAGAGCCAAAUAAGGUAUUACACAAACCUCACUAUAAAGGAGCUUUAGCAGAAAUGCAGAGACUGAGAAAUCUACACACAAGAGACUGA